UGCCCCGUAGAUGCCCCGUAGUGCUCGUCAAGCCGUCGUCAAGCACGCGACCGGUCCGGGACGGCUAGCGUGGAGAACCGCUGUGUAACUGAAGCGCGCACCGUCUCAGUUUCGGACGGCAAAAUACGGCGAGGUAGAAGUGCCUAGACAGAGUCCUCUGGCCGUCGGUAACAUCUGUGGAGUGCAUACGUGCAGUGGUACCAGACUCACGAUGAAGAUGCGGGCGACGUAGCGCAGUGCCUGCAGCGCCUACGUCGGCUGGUCCAACGGACCGCUGGCUCGAGGUUGGUCGAGGACUCAGCGCAUUUUCUUCGGCGUGGACGCACCGCGAAGUCACCACCAUGCUGGAGUACGCGGUCGGCGUCCUGGUGGCGCUGCUCGCCGCCGUGUACAUGUUCUUCCUCCACCGCUUCAACUACUGGCAGCGCCGCGGGGUGCCGUUCGUCGCCCCCCGGCUGCCGUGCGGCAACGUCACCGACGUCAUCCUGGGCAGGAGGCCCAUGCUCGCCGUCGUGGACGACAUCUACAAGGAGCACCGCGACAAGCGCUUCAUCGGCACGUACUUCUUGUUCACGCCGGUGCUGCAGCUCCAGGACGUGGACAUCAUCCGACAGGUGUACAUCAAGGAGUUCCAGGACUUUAGCGGGCGCGGCACGUACUGGAACCCGGAGAACGACCCGCUGUCCGGACACCUUUUCAUCCUCGGCGGGCAGGCCUGGAAGAGCAUGCGCGCCAAGCUGGUGCCCGCCUUCAGCCCGGGCAAGGUCAAGUACAUGUUCGGCACGGUGAGCGAGUGCGCCGGCUUCCUGCGCGAGCAUGUCGAGUCCUCCCUGGCCAAGGGCGGCGGCGCCUACACGGAGGACAUCCGCGAGCUGCUGGCACGCUUCUCCACCGACGUCAUCUCCUCCGCGGCCUUCGGCAUCGAGAGUAACUCCAUGAAGAACCCGCACUCGGAGUUUCGGCGCAUGGGCCAGCGCGCCUUCGAGCCCUGCAUGGACGUCAACAUGCGCACUCUGCUCGAGUUCUUCGCGCGCGACAUCAUGAAGAUGUUUAGCAUCCGGUCCGUGCCCAACGACGUGCACGAGUUCUUCACGCGCAUCGUGGCCGACCUGGUGGAGCACCGUGAGAAGAACAACGUGGAGCGCGCCGACCUGCUCAACAUCCUCAUUAGGCUCAAGAACGACGGCUUCGUGCCGGGCGACGACGAGGCAUCCGCGGAGACCAGAGGGGUCGACAGGGACGACCAGAAGCUGACCGGCAAGGAGAUCGCCGCCCAGGUGUUCGUCUUCUUCAUCGCGGGCUUCGAGACGACCUCGUCCACCACGGCCUUCACGCUGUACGAGCUGGCCAAGCACCCCGAUAUCCAGGACAAGGUGCUGCAGGAACUGGAUACCGUGCUCAAGGCGCACGGCGGCAAGGUCACCUACGACGCCCUCCAGGAAAUGACCUUCAUGGAGAUGGUGGUCCAAGGUGGUUUCGAGACGCUGCGACACUACCCGGCCGUGCCGUUCAUCACCCGCGAGGCCAUGGUGACGCGCCCGCUGCCCCUGACGGACACCAUGGUGGAGAAGGGCACGCGCCUGCUCAUCCCUGUCUGGUCCAUCCACAAGGACCCGGAGCUCUGGGAGGACCCGCUGCGCUACGACCCGAUGCGCUUCUUGGAGGAGGCCAAGAGAGCCCGGCGCCCCGGCAUCUACAUGCCGUUUGGAGACGGGCCUCGCAUCUGCAUCGGCAUGCGCAUGGGCUUGGUGCAGGUCAAGACGGCCCUGGCCACCGUGCUGUCCCUCGCCAGGGUGACGCUUGCGCCCAGCACGCCCAAGGAGGUCCGCAUCUCGGCGCGCACGGUGGUCAUCGCCCCCGAGCACGACAUCCACCUCGUCCUGACGGCGCGCUGAGCAGUGUGCCCUCCUCGCGUUUCAGAGCACAAUUUAGUCGCCUCAAAUUUUCUGAAGGAAAACACAUCAAAGACAUUCCAAUUGUUUUGCCGCACAGCACAGCCCCGCGGCGGCAGCGUGGUUCCCCCGGCCCAGCAUGGCAUCCGCGCAGGCCGGCGGGCGGCGCUCAGGUGCGCCUUGCAAGCAGGCAAACCAUCGCGCACCAGUGGACUAUAGUGCCGACAUGUUGGCACGUCGUAAGCGGCAUGGAGGCGGAUGCAAAGUUUGGAUUUGUAUGUUUAUAGUGAUGGUUUAACGUCAAAAUAAUUAUUAAAAUCAUAAUUGAGAGAGAAAGAGUCAGCUGGAGACGCCUGGAAGUGUGGCCAACCCUUUUUUUGCUACUCGCUAGAGGCGAAGGAUUUAUGAAAAUAAUGGAGUAAAAGGAAGACCUAGUUAUGUGUGGAUUCGUGCCUGUUUUUGGUGAACGAGUUCUCGUCGCAGCCAACUUGUUAACGAAGCCAUUAAACAUUUGAA